CGUUCAUCAUCUUUUAAGAAGCCAUUUUGUUAUCGAAAAGACGUCCACAUACAAGCUCCAAACGAAGAAUUCAAUUAACUCUUCAAUUUGAGUUUUUGUGGUACUAUUCCAAACACAAUUUCGACCUCCUGAAAUCCUCGAAGCCCCAUAAAGUUCGGUUUAAGUAAACGCGAAAAGUUUAUAGGAAAAGACUCACAGUAGUUUUGUGCCGCGGCCCGAUCAAUAACCAAACGCGUACUUAGUAAAAAGUAAUUUAAAAAGUAGUUACAGUAAAACCUAUCGGAAAAAUGAAGCUGCAAAUUUUCUUUUCGAAGUGUUCAUUGUUAAAUGGUAACAGAGGAGUUGGCAGCUCUUCUCAGCUCGGGCAUCGACAAUGCCCGUGGUGGAAUCGGACGACUCUAGAAGUCCAUCUUCUAGCAACGACAGCCGCAAUGAGGGCCCACAGAGCCCUUCCAGUCAGCCGCCAGAUAGCCCUGCUAGCAGCAGAUCUCGCAGCCCUCCCAGCCGACCCAGGAGUCCUGAUAGUGGACCUAGAAGCCCAGACAGUGUUAGGUCUAGAAGUCGCGAGUCCAAUGAGAGCCGUUCCAGAUCGAACUCCCUGAAAAGCAGGUCAAGAUCGCCCGUAGUAAACGGUUCGAGAAGCCCAAGUCAUGAUAAUGCCCGCAGAUCAAAUUCUGCAUCGUCUUAUGACGGAUCUCCAAGAAGAAGUCCGAACAGUAGGUCUCCAAAAAGAAGUCCGAACAGUAGAUCUCCAAGAAGGAGUCCGAACAGUAGACCUCUAACGCCGAAAUCACCUUCGGUUAGUCCUGUGAGGCAAGCAGGGAGUAGGUCUCCAGUGAGUUCAAGGGAAAAUUCGCUUGAUGGUUCUAAAAAAUCUAAGUCACCUGUAGAGGAUUCACCUAGGAGGCCUCAGCAACAUACUUCCAAUAAGGACUCUGAUAGUGAAGACAACGUCUCGAUAAAAUCCAGAAGCUCCAACAGAAAAUCCAGGACAAGAAGCUCCAGUUCGUCGUCAUCUAGACAUUCUAGGAGACGUUCCAGAAGCGAAUCUGACUCUAGUAUAAGCAGUGUAGACUCGUCUUCAAGAAAAAAUAAGGAUGUGUCAUCUCGUGCCCCGGAUACUAAACCCGAGGAUAUUUCUGAUGGUGAUAUGGAGUCGGAUCAUGAAAAAGGCGAAACUAAAGAAAAAAACGAAUUGAAUAUUUCCCAUGAGGAUUUAUCCGAUGUGUCGGAUUUGGAAGAUUCUAUUGGAGGGAAUUUGGAAACGAAAGAAAAAAAUUCUGUGAAUGGGAAUGAUGAUAAUCCUGAAGAAAAAUCGUUGAGCAUUUCCGAAAUGAACAACGAUUGCGAAGAACAACUAGACUUUGAAGCAGAAGAUGGCGAAUGUGACGAUGUCAAAUCCAAAAAUGGCGAUGCCAAGGAGGAAAAAGAAGAGGGCGAAGAAGAUAAUGCAGUAGCGGAAGCGAAAGAGGAAAAGGAAUUGGAAGAAGGUGAAGUGUCGGACGAAGAUGAUGCCAGACCUGAGGAGACUGAACCAAGGCCGGUUUGUCGAUUUUUUGCCCGGGGCGCUUGUACUUGGGGUGCCAGUUGUAGAUUUUUACAUCCUGGAGUUACUGAUAAAGGAAACUACACCAUGUUUGACAUGGUACGACCGAUCUUGCCAGGCGAAUAUGCUAUGGGACGUUUGGUAGAUGAGCGAUUAUAUAAGCCAGAGCCGACUAUGAUCGAAUCGGCUUGGGAAAGAGGUUUGAGAACAGCCAAAGAGAUGUUGAAAAAAUCAAUGAGACGCAAGGAGCAAGAUAUCGACUUUGAAGAAAAGAAAAUGAAUCUGAGCAUCGCUCAGGAGGAAUUUGAUAAGGAGAAUGGGUAUUAUGGGAGGAUACCAUCACCAGAACCAAGGUUUGUCAGACACCUUCCCGAAUACCGCCCCCCAGCGGAAGACUAUUACGGUCGCAGGCCUGUAGUUUACGAACCAGAAUAUGCGCCUCCUCCACGUAGGGAACAUCCGCGCCCUUACAGAGAAAUGCCUGCGCCCAGAGCUCCACCACCGGAUUAUUAUGGUGGUAAUCCAAAAUAUGAGGAAGAAGUUAUUCCUAGAUCACAUGAAAGGCAUGAACGCCCAGAAGGGCGUGAAAGAGGUGAAAGGGAACGAAGGAAACCCAAAAGAGAAGUGAUUGUACAAAGAGCAGAAAAAGAAGAAAGACCGACUAGAGCUGAUGAGUGGCAAGAUCCUUGGAUGAGAUCUAAAUCUCCUGGAAGGAGAAAAGAAAGAAAAAGGUCAUACAGUUCUGGAUCAAGUUCUUAUUCAAGCAGCUCCUCACGAAGUUCAAGUGCAAGCAGCAAGAGCUCGUAUCAUUCCCGGUCAAGAUCGGAGUAUCGUCGCGAAAGGUCAAGAUCAAAACAACGAGGCGGUAGACAGGUGUCGCCCUCCGUGAUUGUGUCGGAAAGGAAAGCGGCCAAUGAGAGGGCGGCACUGAUGAACCCGCCGGCGCCGAAAAGACGCGCGCCGUCGCCAGGUAAGCGUAGUAUGAUGCGUGUAAGCACAGCAGCCAAUCCUCCUGCCCCGUCUCGCGAGGAACAUUUCAGCAUGGGCUCAUCAGGUAAUCGUGGCCGCAACAACAAACUAGCAGUUGCCGCAGCUUUAGCAAGGGUCAAAGGUCGCGGCAAGCGUUCAUCCCGGUCCAGUUCUGGCUCGAGUUCGGGCAGCUCUAGCGACUCCGAAUCGAGCGAGUCGAGCAGUUCCUCGAGCCGCAGCAAUUCGCCGCCUAACAAGAAAGCCGAUUAUGCCAAAGCCAUGGACGCGUUGAAAGGAGAAAAGACGAAAAUUAAAUUAAAUUUGAAAAAUCCCGCUGGACGUAGUAAAGCAGAUGGGAGUGAUUCAGCUGGUAGGAAAGUUGAUGCAACUGCAUCUAAAAAACGGCCUGCGUCGUCGCCUCCCUCUGGUGGCGAUUCAAAAUCGAGCAAAAAAGCAACUUCAAGACGAGAAGAGUUAUUGAAACAAUUGAAGGCUGUUGAAGAUGCCAUUGCUAAAAAACGUUCGAAAGUUUAAGUCGGUGUGCAUUCAAUUUUUCAGUGUUAGAAUAAUGAAACUGUGAUGAUCCGUUUAACAAGGUUGCAUUUAGGCAACAUAGGGGGUGUAAUUUUAGUCAAAAACUAUAUUUGACUUUGAGCAUUGCAUUAAAUGUCAUUGCAUCUAAAAUCAAAUCUGGAAGCCAUAAUUUUGGGUUUUAUAAUGUUUUGUCACCCUCUUAUAAGGUUGCUUGAGGAUUAGAGAUAUUCAUUUCUGAGCCAAUUGUAGGCCAAUAUAAAUAAUUACAAAGAGCAUAAAUACAUUUUUGUAUGAAUGGAGAGUAAUUAGGGAUAAGGAAAGUUUUUUUUUUAGCGUUUCUUCUGUCGUGAAGUUCAAUUAGAUUAGAUUUAAAUGAUAAUUAUCAAAACUUGAUUUUUUUUCUGUUGUAGAUUUGAAUAAUAAAAUGAUUUUUUUUUUUUAAA